CAGGAGCCAUAUACGCGUGACCGGCAAGGGCGUUGCUAUUGCAUGGCCGUAGUGCCAUUUGUUGUUUCCCGGGUCAGGCUAGUGCAGCAGCCGCCAACACCGACACCGCCCUGUGGCCCUGCUGGCAGGGAAAAACCUGGCUUUGUUGCUGUUCCCAGGAUAGGGGCAGGGAUGUAGCAGCCAUGCACACCGGGAUUAUCCCCUAGCUACAGACCUAGAGCCGUCCUCGCUACUGCGGAGGGUGCCGAACGUUGAGGUCCUCGAAAGAGAGCCAAGCAGCUAACCAAUGCGAGCCAUACGGCGUCACGUGUGUGGCUGACUAAUAACUGGCUUCGUUGAGACGGGCAACUUGGUUUCCUCCUUCGCUCUCAGCCUCUUCAAAACAACUCUACUCAUACUCGAAUUAGCCAGCAAAUGACAGUCGCGGUGCCCACUCCGGUCUCGGUCGAGACGACCAACCCGAAGCGCCCGAACAACAUGGGCUUCGCAGUUGGGCGGCUGGAGCUGCUGGGCCGCACGACACCAAAGGAGCAGGCGUACCGCGCAGACAUGCAGCAGAUUCGCGAGCAGUACGGAUCGGUCACGAACUACGUCUUGACAGUGGCCAUGUCAGCGGGCACUGUGCCUGACCCGGUGGUUAAGGAGCUGUUUGAGCGCAGGUUGGACGAGCUGCAUGGCACUGCAGGGCGUGAGAGCCUGUGGUUUGUAAACCCGCCUGCGCUCCAAAGCAUACCGGAGGUUGUACACGGCCAUCUCAUACGUCAAGAUGCUCUAGAGCAUGAAUAGAAAAAGAGUUGUUUAUACAUUGGUGACACAGAUUCAGGGAGUUGUAAUCUAUGAUCCAGAAGGUGCAUCCUGUCAGGAGAUCCUGGGUGAUGCUUCGCGCGGCGUCGAAAUAAUCGAUGGAUGAGCUGCCAGCUCCAUGCAUGCUGAUUUCCUGUUGCAGAUUUGAUGGCC